AUGGAUUUAUUCGUUGUAAACAGAUACACGGGAGAAAAUGAAGAAGAAGAUGUAAUAAAUCAGGAAACACUACAUUUACAAAGACUUAAGCAAAAAAUUGAAGAAAGAAAGAAAGUUUAUAAGCUUAGUAAAAAAAUUCCUGAAAUUAUAACACUUAAAGAACCUGAGCCUAUAAAAAAUUUAGACAACAAACUAAACAGCAGAGAUGAUAAUAAACAGAGCUCGUUAAAUAAUCAGAAUGAUGAAUUACAUUCAUUAGAUGCAGGAACUGAAUCAAAUAAAAAAGAUAAACUUAGUAAAUCUAAGAGUGAUUUUAAAAUUUUGGGCACAACAGAUUUUGAAAAGAAAUCUAAGAUUGAAAGAGUUCUUCCAUACUGGCUAUCACAUGCAUACAGUAUUUCCAAAAAUCUUCAAAAACUUACAUGUUGUGUAGAAGAACAGGAAUGGCUCAGUAGUGUUCUAAAAGCUACAUUAGCAAGUGAAGGUCUCACACACUUAUUUCCUGUGCAAGAGCAAGUUAUUCCUUUUAUCAUUAAAGAACAUAAGCAGCCAGAACCAUUUAGACCACAUGAUAUAUGUGUAUCUGCACCAACAGGCAGUGGGAAAACAUUGGCUUUUGUACUACCAAUAGUCCAAGUUUUAAUGAAUCAACUUGGUCAUCACAUUAGGGCUUUAGUUGUAUUACCAGUACAAGAACUAGCAGCACAAGUAGCAAAAGUGUUUAAGAAAUAUUGUACCAAUACUGGUCUAAAAGUAGCAUUAUUGAGUGGAUCUACACCUUUGCAAAAGGAGCAACAGCAAAUAAUGAGACACACUGAAACCUUGGGAUGGAUAAGUGAAAUAGAUAUAAUUGUAUGCACAGCGGGUCGCUUAGUGGAGCACUUACAUAAUACUGAAGGUUUCUCUUUAAAACAUCUGAAAUUUCUAGUUAUUGAUGAAGCAGAUAGAAUUAUGGGUAAUGUUCAAAAUGACUGGCUCUAUCACUUAGAUAAACAUAUAAAAAGUGAAAGUCAAAUCACAAGUAAAGUGCCACAUCUAAAUUGGAACACUAUUAGUAACGGAAAAUCACCAAUACAUAAACUAUUGUUUUCUGCAACAUUAUCCCCUGACCCAGAAUUGUUAGAGCAAUGGGGCUUGUAUCAGCCAAAACUAUUUUCCGCAGCUCCUAUAAAUGAUAUAACAAGUAAGAAUAAUGUUAAAAAGUUCACAACACCAGAUGAAUUAGAAGAACAAUAUGUUACUUGUACGCCAGAAGAAAAACCUCUUAUUCUAUACCACUUCCUAUCUGAACUAAAAUGGGAUAAAACAUUGUGUUUCACAAACUCUGCACAGUCGGCGCAUAGACUGACUGUACUGUUGGAUGCAUGGGGAAAAGGGAAAUUUAAAGUGGCAGAAUUGUCAGCAGCUUUGGACAGAUCAAACAGAGAGACAGUGCUGAAAAAAUUCAAACAAGCAGAAAUUGAUGUAAUAAUAAGCACUGACGCUUUGGCCAGGGGAAUAGAUAUUCCAGAUUGUAAUUACGUUAUCUCUUAUGACCCACCUCGAAAUAUAAAGACGUAUGUGCAUAGAGUGGGGCGCACGGGACGAGCUGGGCGGAAGGGGAAUGCCGUCACCAUACUUCUUCACAAUCAAUUGCAUAUGUUCAAGGAAAUUCUGGCUUCUGCAAGUCAAAAUGAUAUACCUCAGUUAGAAAUACAACAACAUGUUUUGGCGCAUCUAAUAGAUGGAUAUGAAACUGCAAUACAUGAAACAAAGAACUCUAUCAGUAACGAAAUAAAUUCCAAAGUUAAAAAAUCAAUAGAAUUGAAGAGAGCAGCUAAACCAAAAUCACGUAAAAGAAAACGUCAAGAUAAUAAUGUAAAUAUUAACGAGAAUAAACAU